UUGCGAAUCGAGUUGGCAGCGUCGUGGCGCUACUUUCUUGGCGGCAAUCUGGCGUCCGGUGCGAUUGUUGCACAUGUUUUUCCUUCCCGCGCAGACAUGUGACGCGCCGUCGGUGCCGACUUUGCCGAAUUGCGACGCCGAACCGAGCGACUCGUCGGCCGACUUGGCCCUGGAGAUGUAGCCGAGAGUCUCGCGCCUGCAAUGGAAAAGUUCCAGAAGAUCGAGAAAAUCGGCGAGGGCACGUACGGCGUGGUCUACAAGGCCCGCAAUGUGGAGACCAACGAGUUCGUCGCCCUCAAGAAAAUCACCCUCGAGCCGACUAGUGAAGGCGUUCCGAGCACAACGAUCAGAGAAAUCGCCCUUCUCAAAGGACUGAAGCACGUCAAUAUUGUGAAUCUGAUGGACAUACUGCACGUCCCCUCCACGAAGAAGUUGUUCAUGGUGUUUGAAUUCUUGGACAUGGAUUUGAAGAAGUUCCUUGACAACGUCCAAAAAGCACUGCCCAUCGACGUUGUUCGGAGUUUUGUCAGCCAAAUGGUCGACGGCAUUGCAUACUGCCACAGCAACAGGAUUCUUCACCGAGACUUGAAACCGCAGAACAUUCUAAUCGACAUGACCAAGGGAGUGGUCAAGCUGGCCGAUUUUGGUUUGGCCCGAGCCUUCGUGAUGCCAUUUAAAAAUUACACGCACGAAGUGGUCACACUUUGGUACAGGGCGCCUGAAAUCCUGCUUGGCUCGAGAUACUAUUCCUGCAGUGUGGAUGUUUGGAGCAUCGGCUGCAUCUUUGCCGAGCUGCUUCAACGGAAAGCAUUUUUCCCUGGUGACUCGGAAAUCGACCAGCUCUUCAGGAUUUUCCGCACACUCGGUACACCUGAUGAUAAUAUUUGGCCUGGUGUGACAAAACUUCCUGACUUCAAACCCAUGUUCCCCAAGUGGGAGAGGAAUAGCUUGAGAAAAGUAUUGCCCGAGAUGCCAGAUGAGGCCAUGGACUUAUUCCUGGGCAUAAUGGCUUAUGAUCCUGAUAAGCGCAUGACGGCAGUUGAGGCCUCGCAACACCCUUGGCUACACAAGGCCAAAAUUGUGGUGCCCCCGCCUAUACGAGAUCCUUUCAAACGAUAAGGAACAAAAAGCCUCCUCCAAAACUUAUUUGAAUUCGUAGCAAAAACUAUGAUAAUUUUUCUUCCCUGUGAUACAUUUCAAUGGUAGAGCUUGACCGAGGUAAUAUCAAUCCUCUCCUAUCUAAAAACAAAAUCCAGACUCGAUUCUCCUUCAUUUUUAUGCUUGAAAUAUGUUGGAGAUUUUUAGGUAUUUUUCGUCUAGCAAUCCAAUAGAGUUCAGAUUCUAUUUCUAUCCUGCUCAGAUUUGUAGAGGAUUAAUUUGGUUUAAAAGAUGUCACAGUUGAAAUGGUGUGCCCUGUCUUGCACACCAGCUUUAUUAUUACUACAGACUAGGCGUUGAAGAAAUUAAUUCCAUAGCGUAUUAAGAGCUCUUUUGUAAAUAAUUUAGCUUUUCUUUUAAAUGCAGGCUUAUUUCUCUAAAGGGGUUGGUCUAACUUACUAUAAGGAACGUGUUAAAGAGUAAAUUUGUCUUAAGCGUUGUGAGAUUUUAGCCAUUUAUGAGUAAUAGUCAUUCUAUUCACUGCCACUUAAAAAUCUCUGUAAAUGGCAUUAAUUGAGAAAAUUAUUGAAUAUUCGGUGUUAAAAAAUAAACAAAGUGCCUUAUAUUGAUAUGAUGUACAACAUUCCGUUCAUUUCUUGAAAUAAAAACCACUUUUUGAAAUGAAAUGAUACAAAAUCGUUUGUGCCAACAACGGGCUAAUUAUUAUUUCCCCACUCUUGUGAUUUCCACGAUCAUUAGUGUCAAACUUAUAUUUUUAUUAAUAAAUAUAAAUGCCAAGUGAACACUUGUUUAAAUAAAA